UUAUUCUUUAUCCAUUAAUGAUAUCCGUUGUUCUAACUUUAGUGCUGUGGCCGCUUGUUUAUUGUAGCGAUUCGUGGCUCUUGAAUGCUCGCUUUGUGGGUCUGCAGAGGGAGACAACUCCGGCCCCAAAACCGAAACCUAAACAAAAAGGACUCUCGACCGGAAAUAGCGGUUAUUAUGGCUAUAGUUAUUUACGAGUGCCACCGCCGCCGCCAUCGUUGUACUAUACGCCAAAAUGCAAUUGUUUGCCUGGACCGCCAGGUCCUCCUGGGCCUCCUGGUGAACCUGGUAGAAAUGGCAAGCAGGGUGAGAAAGGAGAAAGGGGCGAUAAAGGAGAACGCGGAAGAAAUGGCUAUUCCGGUCAAAUUGGGCCGAUUGGACCGCCUGGUUUGAGAGGAGAACCUUAUCCGUAUCACAGAUAUCCGGUUCCAACGUAUAUUAUUUUACCUUCAAACGCAAAUCCUGCUGCGCCAAAACCGGAGACCCCAAAACCGGAAACUCCAAAACCGGAAACCCCGAAACCGGACACUGGAAACUCAAACCCAGAUACUCCCAAACGGAGAAGACCUCAGACCCAUAUUCUUCGUUCAAGUUUGAAGUCUAGAGAAGAAUCAUCUGGAAGUCAGAAAUAUGGAAACAAAGGUCUCAACAAUCGCCGCAAAGUAUCACAAAAAAGGCCACUAAAUAAAAGAAUAAUUCAGCAAAAUGCGACUAAAACAAAGACAAAACUCAACAAAGCACCAGCGGCAAAUGAUAAACGUGGGCCUUCUGUAAAAGUGAAUCAAAAAGUGAAAAUUAAAAACGAAGAUAUGAAUACAAAGACCGUCGAUUUGAACGCAACUAAGUUUAACUUAAAGCCAAUUAUUGAACAAAAUGAGCAAAAUGGAAAAGGUAAUACGACUUAUAAUACCCACACACGCUUAACAAAUUCGCCAUCAGAAGAGAUGAUAAUAACAUUAAAGCAGAAAGAGGCCCAAGAUAUUAUUCAACCCUUAAUAUCUGAACAACAGGCUGAUUCCAAUGAAUCAAAACACGAAACUAACCUAACAGUGGCUGAGAUCUCACAAUUACAGGAGCAAGUAAAACUAUUGUUAUCAUUGGAUAAACAAAAAGUCCCAGAUAAUAAGCUCGGACUGCAAAGUUCUGAAGUUGACAAAAAGGAAAAUGAAAUCACAACAAGCACCGAAGUUUCAGCCACGAGUAGCAUCGUAGUAACGACUGAAAACUCGCCCAGAGAUGACAUCAGUACGCUGUCGGACAAUGAUGAUGCCACGACAUUGUCGCCAGCAAUUCCAGAUGAUACCACUGUCAUUCAAGAUUUUGAUGUGACAACUGAAAACAAACGAGAAAUUUUGACUGAAACCACCAAGUUUAAUGAUUACAUUCCAAACACUACGACAGAGUCGGAAUCAAAUGAAACCACAACAACUACAACUAUUCUAUGACAUUGUAAAUCAAUAAAGUUACAUUUAUGUAAUUCCGUA